AUGUCCGUGUGCUGUGUGGGAGCCCUCCGGAUGCCCUCCCGCAGUAGAGUCAGGCCCAAACCGGUCACGCCCACAAAUGUUCCGAUCGCCCCGGCCCCGCCUCCUCCCAUGAUGGCUGCCCCACAGCUGUUGCAGCGACCUGUGAUGCUGGCCACCAAACUGGCCACGUCGCUGCCCUCUGCCGCCCCCAUCCACCAGGUGCGCAUUGUGAACGGCCAGCCCUGCGCCAAACCAGGAAACACACCCCUCACUGGGAUUGUGAUCACCACACCUGUGUCUGCUGCUGCUACACGCCUUGCCAGCCCCGCCCACCCUCCCUCUGCUGUCCCAGCCACAGCACAGCCCAUUCAGAUCAGCAGCAUCACCGCUGAACCCAAGCAGACUGUUAAAGCAGUGAGUGCAGCCGAGCCAAAGGUCAUCAUUCCUGUCCCGCCCUCUGCGACCCCUCCUCCGUCUCCUGCCCCCAGACCCAAAAGAGAGGAGAACCCUGAGAAACUGGCUUUCAUGGUGUCGCUAGGCCUCGUAACACACGACCACUUGGAAGAAAUCCAGAGCAAACGACAAGAGCGGAAACGACGAACAACAGCCAAUCCAGUUUACAGUGGAGCCGUUUUUGAGCCUGAGAGGAAAAAGAGUGCAGUGAGUUACCUGAACAGUCCUUUGCACCAGGGAACGAGGAAGAGAGGUCGUCCACCCAAAUACAGCAGCAUCCCGGAGCGGGGCAGUCUCACCCCGACCUCCCCCUCCAGCCCUGUCCGCCCCCUCCCUCUGCCCAGCCCCAGCUCUGCGGAUGGAGACAUCCAUGAGGACUUCUGCACUGUGUGUAGACGCAGUGGACAGUUGCUCAUGUGCGACACUUGCUCUCGUGUUUAUCACCUCGACUGCCUGGAUCCACCUUUGAAAACCAUUCCUAAAGGCAUGUGGAUCUGUCCAAAAUGCCAAGACCAGAUAUUGAAAAAAGAAGAAGCCAUUCCCUGGCCCGGUACCCUGGCUAUCGUUCAUUCCUACAUUGCGUACAAAGAAGCUAAAGAGGAGGAGAAGCAGAAGUUGAUGAAGUGGAGUUCUGAACUAAAACUGGAGCGAGAACAACUCGAGCAAAAAGUCAAACAGCUCAGCAACUCCAUAACAAAAUGCAUGGAGACCAAAAACAGCAUCCUGGCUCGACAGAAAGAGAUGCAGCAUUCCUUGGACAAAGUCAAACACUUGAUUCGCCUCAUACAAGCCUUUAACUUCAACCAGGCACAGAAAGAGCCCAAAGAGGGCCCCCCUAAACUCCAGGAGAGUCCUGCUCCCACAGCCCCGACCCAACCGAAACCAGAAGUGAACCUGAAUUCUGUGGAGGCCGUGUCCGCAGACUUCAAUGUCGGCAACAGUGAUGAGAAACACAAUGCUAUGUCCAAUAGUGUUGUGUCUGUGGAGGGAACCGUGGUAACGGAGGCGGUAGUGGUGGCAGAGGUGACUGAAGCGUUAGUGGUGACAGAGCAGGCGAACAAUGUCCCGUCGGCGGAUAGCAGUGAACAGGAGCAGCCCGCAGAGGUGAGUAACGCUGGGACCACCACAGAAGCCCCGCCUACAGCAGACACGGGGGCACCACCAGGGGGCGAUAGUCGUACCCCCUUGGAACCCGCAGUGCCCAUCACAACUAACGGGACGUCCGAGCCCGCCUGCCUCGAACACAGCCCAACGGGGAACUCCAACAAGAGCCCCUCCUCUGAAAACAAGAUGGCUGCAGCCCUCAUCUCUACAGAAACCGACCAAGAGGCUCCCAACAACAACAGCAAAACCUCAGCACCCCCCCAGCACUGUUUGCCAGCGCUCGUCAGCAGUUCGGACACUGACAAGUAACACCUUUUGGAGUUGUGGGAUUCGAAACAUAUAUUUAAAAAAAAUUAAGACAUUUGCUUGCGCCGAUCGGUGCCCUGAAGUUGCCAAUCUGUAUAAAUGUUGUUCGUUUGCAUCGUAUUGUCAGACUGUGUCAAUGGUAGAUCAUAUAAACAGCCCAAGUCACGUGACUCUGGGGCGAUGCAGGCUCCGCCCACUGAGUGUCGUCAUGCCAACUAAUGAUAGACGUCGAGAGGUGGGAGAGAAAAAAAACACUCAAAGGGAGUUUAUCCAACAUCAAACCAGUGUGUGCCUGUCUAGUGGCCCCUGUGUUCUGUCGGGACAAAGAAACGCCGAUAGCAACAGUAUGCGACAUGGAUGUAUUUGACCAAACCAUGUAGAUGGAUACACUAGUGGACAAGUGUGGUAUGGCAGGAGCAAAACAACCCAACAAUUUUUCAUAAUUUUUUCAUCAUGCAUAAAAUAUUGGUUAUAAUUUUAAACCAUCAUUACAAUUUCUAAUACUUUAAACUAUGUAUGUAAAAGUAAAUUUGAUUAAUCUUAGAUGCAAUAUAUUUUUUACACAACAAUGAGAGAAAUGAUGAAACACUACAGAAAAUGCUAAAAAGAUCAUUUAUAAUAAAUAAUAAAUUGCCACAUUUUGUCCACUAUAGUUUGGUCACUUAAUACAGCUCCAUGACAUGCAACAUCUGUGGAGGGGCUUACUGGUCUUAAAGCAGUGUUGUUGUGAUAGAGUAAGCCCACUGAAAUGAAAUGCCUGUUCGUCCCAUUUGUCCAAAUGAACCGCCAUUACUUUUCAAAAUUCUGCAAGACAAAAUACUAUGGCUAUGCCGCUCCUAAAAUACAUUUUUAAAUGUUAACCAUAUAUUCUAUUGUAUUUGGGAGCCAUAAUUUGUACAAAAGAAAUAGAGAUUCAAAUUUGUCAGUUCACAUGACAAUAGACAUGCUUUAAUAUAAUGUAAUUGUUCAAGUUGUUGUCAAAUUUACUAUAAAGUUUGUUAAGCAGUCAAAUUAACUACUGAUAUACAAUUUGUUAAGCAUAAACCCUAUAGAUAGGGUUAAGAUAAGAUAACUGAAUAACAGCCUAACUUUUUGAAUUCUAUAUCAAAAUUUUAAACCAAUUUUAACUCCUUGUGGUUGCGGGACGGGGCGAACAGGCCACGUAGCCGAUCAGAUGUUGUUGUUGGUGUCAAAGUAAAGUGUAGUGAGUUUCAUUUGUGAGUCCAGUGUGUCAACUGUGAGCACUAAAUGUGAAGUUGCAAUAUCGCAAAAGUUCAACAACAAACACACACCACCACAACUACAACUACAACACAAUGACAUACUAUCUGGGCUGUGUUUCUUCUUUUUUAUAGGAAAAACAUAUUCAGGUCUUCCUAGUCUUCAGAAACAAGUGCUUUUUCUGUUUCCGACAAAACCUGCUGGACGAACGAAGUGGUGUGAACUUUGUGUACAUUUAUGUUUAAAAAAAAAAAUACCAGAACUGCCAAAAUGAUGUUGUAUCCAAAAUUCAGCAGGGAUAAAGUCCGCUUACUGUAGUGACAGAUCAAAAUCAUUGGCGUCUUGUAGAUAUAGAAGGAUGUCUCUGGGCUGACACAGGAGAGCUUAUUUCAACAAUAACAAUUUUAAGGAUGGCGGUUUAGUCCUUAAAAUGGCGAGAUUUGAUGUAUGGACUCUAGAUACACAAAUCUCGAGACUAAAGCACAAGCUUGCUGCAUUACAGACAAGUGCUGAGGAGCUUUUGUAUGUUAAUAUGGAUUUAAGCAGAGUAUGCAUCUCUUUGUCGUGAUGUGACUUAUCCCCACAUUGCCAAUAUUUUCUAGGAGGAAACCCAAAUUUCUUUCAAACUUAAAAAAAAGAAAGAAAAUCUAGGCUUGUUAAUGUUCGUCUUUUAAUUUUUUUCUCAAAGGAGCAUGGCUAGGCUGAAAUAUGAUGCUGGAAGUGGCUACUUGUUACGUUUGGGGCAUUAACGAAACUCUGGUCUGUCCAUUAACGGUGCCUCCGAUUGUGCUUUGAAUUUUACGUUGGCAACAUUAGACUGUUUGGCUUUGGUUUGGAGUUUCUGGAAAUGCCGCUGUAGGUUUGUGGGUUUUUAGCAAGACAGGGAAAUUACUGAAUAUAUAUUGGUGUUAAUAUAUGACACUACUAAUUGCCUUUAAAAUAUCUUGUGCCCAUUUUAGAUAUAUUUACAUGGGCAAAUUGCUAUUUACACAAUAUAAGAAGUAGUCCCAUACGAGUUAGCAGCAUAUUCUAUACAGUACUUUAAUAUUAUUAGUAGUUGCAGUAGUAGUACUUUCUGUAUGUCUAUUAUUAAUGUGCCUUUGCUGGCCUUAUACAUUAUAAUUUCAUGAAAUACUUCAAAGUAUUUAAUUUACUACUAAUCAAUGCCUAAAUGUAAUGUUAUACAAGUACAUAAAUACUGCAUAUGUCAACAAAUCUUAAAAAAAAAAAGACCUUCCCUGCUUUGCUAUCAGCCCACAAACACUACACACGUCUACUCCAAAAACAAAAAACUUUUAUAUGCUAUUAAUUAACAACCAUUCAAGAUGUAUUGGCUAUUGAAAAUUAUAGGUGUAUAUUUUAAAGUAUUUAGUUAGAAAAAAAAAAAAUACUCAUCAAAGCGUGCCUAUGUAUUUGGAUUCUCAAUAUCAAAACUGGUGAAUACAUUUUGAAUGGCUUUUCCCAUAUCAUUGUAAUGCAUAUCUAAACUCUUCGCUUUCCCAUUUUAAAGCCAGAGAUUGAAAUAAAUUGCCCCAUGAAUUUAUUUUACAAUUUUUCUUUUGCAACGUUUUCCAAUCUCGAUCACUUAACAACCGUAGUUCCCAGUCCACCCAUGUAGGACCUCCCUCCCUCUGUACAGUAGGUACCUUGAGUGCCUUUCUCUUCAAACAGCAGAAACUUAUUUGUCUCUUUCGACUUGCACUGUGACUUGUUUAAAAACCUUACUAACCACACCGCCCCCUUCUGGUAUGGUCCCGCCGUCGCUUCCCUUAAAAACGAGCACAAAAUCUAACCUUAUCUUUACCCAAAUAUAACCCCAUAUCUAUACACACACCUCAGGCUGCCAGUUAGUCGAUGCAAGUUACAACUAGCAUUUCAUGACAGUUAGUUUGACCACAUAGUGUUUCGUUGUUGUAAUGAAAAAUAGACGUUUUAAAUGCCUUAAUGUGUUUUAUUUUUGUUCCUAUUUUUAGUUUUCUACAUAGGGACGGGGGAAAAUGGUUGUCAUAAUAUAAAGACAGUAUGCUCCAAAGAUGGCGUAUAUGAGGAAAAAAAAUAUUGGGGAAAGUUUGACAGCCAGUUUGUUUUGUGAUGCACUUUUAGUUCAUAACAGUAUUAUUGUCACGAGGUACAUCAGCAAAUUACAAAUAUCCUUUCAGAGAGUGUUUAAAUCUCUGUAAAAAUGAACUCUGAGGACUGGGGUUUACAAAAUGGCAGAUUAAAAUUGCUUGAUAAUUUAACAUGUUGAUUCAUGUUUUGCAAUAUUUUGUUUUUAUUCUGUUCAUUCCUUAGUCCAGGUUUUAAUCUGCAUGGUUCAAAACUGCAUAAUCCCAGUUUAAUAUUGGUUUACUUGAACAUCCUAGUUCCAAGUAGUUAUCAUAUUUUGUUCUUUCAGUUUAGAAUAGCUACACUAUUUAUAGCCUUAAAUAAGCAAGAAGAAAGACUUAAUUUGUAAUGAACAAACUGUUUACUAAUAUUGAUUGAGGCUUAGAAACUACUAAAGAGUGCAUCAUGGAGAUAAGCAGAUGGUGACCCCCUGCUUAUCUCCAUGGAGAUGUUAUUGCGUUGCCUGAAAUAUUACACAAUAUGGUAUUAUUGCAUUUAUUAAUUGACACAUGUUUUUUAUUGCUGAAUUGUAUCUUGAAACCUUGCAUUGAUGCGUGAGUGGGGUAUCCUCUCCAUAGACCUGACGUGUCACUUAGCCUGGUGCCGUUACCUGCUGGCUUCUGUUGAGAAGCCAUGGUUAAUGCCAGACUGUGGAAAAUUCUAGGAAAAGCAAUAACAUCUCCAUGAUAACAAACCAUCCACAAGGGUUGCAAGGUUGCAAUUAAAUUGGAAUCGCAAUUUGUUUCAAUGCAUUUAGUUGCGAAAAACUGCGAUUUCUGAAGUAUGCUAACUUCCUUCCCAAACAACAAAAUGUUCCAUCUUAUUCUUUAUAAAAACAAAACAAAAAAAAUAUAAAAAAUUCUACUAAACCUGUAGUUUAGCUCUGUACAAACAUGUUUUGAAAUACAUGUCAUGUAUUUGCUUCAUAUGUCAUUCUUCUGGAUGCAUUUACUUAAAACAGAAUCGGAGAAAAAACAAAAAAACAAAAAAACGAGUCAUUCAUAAUAAACAGUUUGUCUUUCUUUAUGCUUUUAUUAAGGCUAAUUAAUUAAGUGCAGCUAUUAUAAAGUUUAACUGCACUCAGUCCAUAACAUUGUCAUUAAUUCUGUCUAUAAAUCUAUUGCUUGUCUCUGCCAUAUUGUAACCUGCUUCCAUUGUCUUCAUUUUUACAGUGUUGUCAGUUCAGUGUGAGUGAGGUGAGGUGUCAGGACUUUUAUUUUGAAAUCCUCCCCUUCAUGUUGUUUGAUUUUGGGUGAGUUUGCUAAAUCAGGUCACGUGAGCCGGAGCCUGUGUGAAUUAAAAAAAAAAAAAUGAACAAAUUAAACUACAACAUCUAGUGGGCAGAAUUAGUCCAGUGGAAAAAAGCAUGCCUUUUCUUAUGCAAAUUUUAUACAAGAUUUGUCAAAACAUUUUUAAGAUAUGCAUUUGUUUUUUAUUUUAAUUUUUUUAUGUGGAAUUAAAGUAACCUUUUCUUUGGCAUCCUAAAGCCAAAAAUUGUGCAGUUUUGGGAUUUUAAAGACGUGCAGUAGCCAUCUUUGUGUUUUUAUCCUGAUGCUUUACAGAAGGAUUAGGAGACAGUUAGCUCCUUAAAGGGACAGUAUGGCAUUUUGUAAAAGUAAAAUUCAUAAGGUUAAUUUAUUUUGAAAUUUGGGAAAGCAGACAGGAACAAUGAUGCGUUUUGUAAAGCUGAAAUACCGGCCUGGACCAUACAUGUCUGUGCAGUCAGAUUAAUAUGAAAUAAGAAGGAGCUAAUUGGUCACCUAUCAUUUAUAAACAAAUUCCCAUAUAUCUUGCCUCACUUUUUUUCCUUGGAAGUGGCCAUAUUUGUUGUGAUAUGGUCAGAUCAUGUUUGUCCCUGAUUGGCUAAUCCACGUGUCAGUCACGCCCAUCUGAUCUCAGGUGAGAUUCACCAGUGACCAGACUCACAUCUUCAUAAAAUGUUAGAGAAUUGUGUAUUCUGGAUCCCAGGCAAUAAAGAUUCAAAAGAAAUUAUGAUUUUUUUUUUUUUUUUUUUUACUCUGUGGACUACAUAAUAAAACUUCAUGUACAUUUUCUUAUCAUUAACAUUCACAGGUUACUGGCCAUAUUGAAGUGUGUACCAAAAUCUCACAGUUGUGUAUUAUAUUGCACUUGUUUUUAAAUGCAAAACAAUGAUUACAUACUGAAUGUCUAGACUGCUCUUUUGCUCCUGUCUGCUGACCCAAACUACGCCGAUCAACCAUUGCGACUAAUAAUUAACCCUUCACAUCUACUAAAUUUGUAAAAUCUUAAACUUUUCAUUUUAAUUUGGUGUAUGCACCAUCCUGAAUGUUUAAGGCGGGGCUAGAUCAAGUUUUCUUGUAAAAAAAAAAAAAAAUGAACAGUACGUCAUUGUAAUAGUAAAUUAUACAUUUCUUAAUAGUCAGGCUCUAAAAGUGAUCUAUCCAAAGAAAUCUGUGCAUUUUUAGGUUUUUUUUCCAACGCCUUUUGUAGUUGAUGCAUAUCAUUUUGAAAGCUUGCGAGACAGAAACGGACCAUUUUGUGUUCAGUCUUAUUAUUAUAUGCAUUCCAAACGGUUCAUCUUUUUACGUGGAAAUUCCUAUUGUAAAGUACUUUAUUUUUUAUUUUGUUCAAAGUCAUGAUUGUGGCCUUCUAAGUAUUGUAAACCAUGACAUUAUAUGGAGUCUAGCAAUUUGAUUUUACCCAUAAUCCCAAGCUUCUUACCUCAUCCACAGCUAAAAUCCAUUUUUGGGGGGUGUGUUGAGUGCAAAAAAAUAUAAAAAAAAAAUAACAAACAAGAAGAAGAAGAAGAAAUCUUUUUUAAUCUUCCAUUUUUGGUGAGAUGCAUUGUAGCGAUAUGAAUAAAAGAAACUACGUUCACCUGGUGUGCUGAUGAAUAAUGUGUAAUUUGGUACUUACACAAUCUUAAUAUUUGUAUAAUUGUUUGUAUUUUUUCAUAAUGAUUUUGGAAAGGAAUGUUGUUUAUUUUUUUGACUUUUUUUGUUCAAUACGUGUCUUCUGUUGGCCUGACAUUGUGACUGGUCUGGUGGGAUUCUUACCUCUCUGUAUUGAGCCUAUUCUGUGAUGAUGAAUUCUUUGUAUGCAGUGUUUAGGAAAUACUGUAGGGAACAUGGGGAGGCGUUGAUAUUAGGAGCAUUUGAUCAAUUUGUAUUUAUUUAUUUUAUCAUUUUGUUAAUAAAUUGUGAAAAGCAAA